AUGGCAGGCACUAAUGAAAGCACUGCAAGUGCUUUUGGUUAUCAGAAUUUAAUCAAAACGGAGCUGGAUGGAGGGAGUAUAACAAAGCUUGUGGUAGUAAUACUGACUACCCUGUUUUCUGUGUAUAUAAAUUGCAUUAUGCUCUAUUCUCUUAAGAGUAAGCGUGUUUUUAAAGAAUCUCCUCGCUACAUUCUCUUUGCACACAUGCUUUUUAAUGACUCUAUUCAUCUCAUUCUCUCCACUAUGAUGUAUGUCCUGUCCCUGGCCUUUCUCAAGCUGGCUAAAGCCGUCUGUUCGCUCAUCAUGUUAAUAUCUACUACAACAUUUCUCAAUGCACCUUUAAACCUGGCUGUGAUGUCACUAGAGCGAUAUGUGGCCGUACGCUUUCCUCUAAGACACGCUGAAAUAGCCACUCAGAAAAGGACUUACAUUGCCAUUUGCUUUGUUUGGUUAUUUGGCUCUGCAAACAUUUUGACUGACAUCAUUUUUGCAGCAGUGAUGGAUCCUAACUUCUUGUACAUGCAGAUGUAUUGCUCUCGUGAUCAGAUCUUCAUCACAGCAUGGCAGCUUGAUUUAUACAAUGGGCGCAAUAUCUUUUACUUUGUUUCUGUAACAGUCAAUGCUCAGACAGAUGUGCACAGUGGGAUGAGGUUAUACAGAAGAUAA